ACCCCCACCACCAGCCCCUCCCCUCCACUCUUUCCGUCUGUAUCUCCCUUCUUUCUCUCUCUGGAACACAUGAGAUUCUCCUCCCGAAACCUGAACCGCAGCAGCAGAGGCAUCGACCCCCCUCCCCACACGCACACACAACAUGGCUACAAUCGUAACCUCGACCAGGUUUACGGACGAGUAUCAGCUUUACGAAGAGCUGGGAAAGGGUGCCUUCUCCGUGGUGCGGAGAUGUGUGAAAAAAUCCACUGGCCAGGAAUAUGCUGCUAAAAUAAUUAACACAAAGAAACUGUCAGCAAGAGAUCAUCAGAAACUGGAGCGUGAGGCCCGAAUCUGUCGUCUACUCAAACACCCCAAUAUCGUUCGGCUCCAUGACAGUAUCUCAGAAGAAGGUUUCCAUUACCUGGUCUUUGACCUUGUGACUGGGGGGGAGUUGUUUGAGGACAUCGUCGCCAGAGAGUAUUACAGUGAAGCUGACGCAAGCCAGUGCAUCAAUCAGAUCCUGGAGAGUGUCAAUCAUAUUCACCAGCAUGACAUCGUGCACAGAGACCUUAAGCCCGAGAACUUGCUGUUGGCCAGUAAGAUGAAAGGAGCAGCAGUGAAACUGGCUGAUUUUGGGCUGGCCAUCGAGGUGCAGGGAGAUCAGCAGGCCUGGUUUGGUUUUGCUGGCACACCUGGCUACCUGUCUCCAGAGGUGUUAAGGAAGGAUCCCUAUGGCAAACCUGUGGACAUCUGGGCCUGUGGUGUAAUCUUGUACAUUCUACUAGUGGGCUACCCUCCAUUUUGGGAUGAAGAUCAACACAAGUUAUACCAGCAGAUCAAGGCUGGAGCUUAUGAUUUUCCUUCUCCGGAGUGGGACACGGUCACCCCCGAGGCUAAGAACCUCAUCAACCAAAUGCUGACCAUCAACCCAGCUAAGAGAAUCACAGCAGAGCAGGCCCUCAAGCACCCAUGGGUCUGCCAACGGUCCACAGUGGCAUCCAUGAUGCAUCGCCAGGAGACUGUGGAGUGCUUGCGCAAGUUCAACGCCCGCAGAAAACUCAAGGGAGCCAUUCUUACUACUAUGCUGGUUUCUAGAAACUUCUCAGUGGGCCGGCAGCAUACCAGCCCUGCUGCUCCCACCACAAGCACUGCCGCGCUUGCACAGGAAGCAUGCAAAAGUUUACUCAACAAAAAGGCAGAUGGAGUCAAGCCCCAGACAAACAACACUAAAAACAGUGUAGUGAGCGCUGUAGUGAACGCCAUGAAAGAAAGCAACACGGCCUCUUCUACACCGAUGGAGCCACAAACUACAGUUGUGCACAACCCUGCCGAUGGCCCCAAGGGCUCCACAGAGAGCUGUAAUACCACUGAAGAAGAGGAUAUGAAAGGUAGGAAAGCCGAGAGUGUGCAGGGAGCGAGCAGUGACAGUGCCGUGAUGAGUCAGUGCAGUGCCGGGGAAGAGCCGCCCGCUCUGGUGGCUUCACCACAGGGCUCUCCUGCCACCGUCCCCGUGCAUGACGUUAAACGCUUGGCAUGGAAAAGUUCAGAACAUGCCUCAUGUCCCGAGUUAGAGCGCACUCAUUCUGGCCCCUGCGCCUCAGUCCAUGGGGUCGGCGGUAUCACAGCGAGUGUGUCCGCAGCUCAGUCUCGUAAGCAGGAGAUUAUAAAGAUCACGGAGCAGUUGAUCGAAGCUGUCAACAAUGGAGACUUUGAAGCAUACACAAGAAUCUGUGACCCUGGUCUGACCUCUUUUGAGCCUGAAGCUCUGGGGAACCUGGUCGAGGGGAUGGAUUUCCACAAGUUUUACUUUGAGCACCUGUUGAGUAAGAACAACAAGCCCGUGCACACCACUAUCCUUAAUCCUCACGUUCAUCUCAUCGGGGAGGACGCUGCCUGCAUUGCUUAUAUCCGUCUGACGCAGUACAUCGACAGCCAGGGCCGCCCACGUAGCUGCCAAUCGGAGGAGACGCGUGUGUGGCACCGCCGUGAUAGCAAGUGGCUUAACGUCCACUUCCACUGCUCAGGGGCACCAGCCGCCCCCCUACAGUGAACUGCACAGGACAGUUUACCUGGAUUCUCGAGAUAAUGGGAAUGUUUCUUCUUUGUGGCUGGACGGGCACGUGAAGGCCAGCUGGAUGACAGCUCUUAAAGUUACAGACACACCAGUGAGGAACUCUGACAACAUCCAGUUCAACUGUCAACACCACCUAUCCUGUCCAAUCUUUGACCAACGGGAGCUGGCCGCGGCUGUGGCCCCGCCCAAGGGACGGUGCAUGUAUCUGACACCCACAUGGGGGUGCUGUUUUGUCCUUUUCCCACGGAACCAUCAUUUUUUUGCCCGUUAAAGAUGUUCAGAAGGUGUUGUAAGUACUGAUCUAUGAAUUCAUAAAUAUACUGUAUAUUGUAAAAAAAAAAAAAAAAUCACUAGCUGAACCAGAAGCUACAAUCAAGUUUGAAAAAGCAUUUAUGUAAGUAAACCAGGAUGGGAGUUGGGAGGGUGGGGGGGCUAAACUUAAGAAAAAAAGAAAAAAAAAAAUCACAAAAUGGACUAGCGCCCAAAAGCUUCUAAAGUUUACAGGUUUGUCAUCACAAUCAUUCUUGUAUACUUUGCAGAUUUUUGGACACAAAAUUAUAUGAAAAUUAAGGGAAGGUGUUGUCUAAUCCGAGAGCGAGGCAUUGGAAAUGUUCAGAAGUUCUUCAUAUCAAAAAAGAACCAAAGUGUAGUUUUUAGUCUUUUUAAGGAGUGUUUCUGUUCGGUGUUGGCUUUUUAUGUAACCCGGGUCUGAGCGAAGGAUUGUGCAGCCCAGGUUUUAGUAAUCUCUUGUGUUAAUGUGGAACUCUUAAUUUUCCUUUUAUUUUUUUUUCUUGGACUGACAUAACACAAGUAUUUUGUGUUCAGUUUGAAUUUUUAAGACUGUUUUAUUUUUUAAGUUAAUCUAAAUAAACAUGUAAAGAUAUACAGAGAUAUUUAAAGGAGAUAUAAACUCUCACCAUCCAGGUUUAGGGAAAGAUGUCGUUCCUGACCGCGCUCGGUAUGUUUGUGUGGGUGUGUGUGCGAUCAGAACUUGUAUAAAUUGAAUCCCCCAUGUAGAUUUAAUAUGACGAAAGCCCAAAUGAACAGCACAGAGUACACAACUAAACACUGACCAGUAGAUUUGUCUUUACUGUUUUGUUAGGUCACAUUAGCGCCAUAGACAAACCACUGCCUUUAUACACGCAGGCAGAAUGUACUGUGAUAGUCAGACAUGAACUUCAUUCCCAUUUUCCAAACUUAAUGACUAAAUCUUCAGGUCUGAGCUCAAAGAGGACUAGUCAUUUUUACAAACUACAUCAUGAUGAAAAUAGCUUUAGUAUUAAAGUAUGUUGUGAUUUAAGACUCCUUUAAAACUCACCGUUCCUUCUCAACACCCACACAGCUGCGUUGUAUAAGUACUGUUGUUUUAGUAAUGUUGGACGUGUCUAACUCACCCUGUUCUCAGUGUUGUCGUAGUCGUGGUUCAUGUCGGUGACGGGGGUGUACAUGCUGUACGUGCUCUGUAAAUACAUGCCAUUCAGUUCAUCCCAUCACAAGGAGCGGGUGGGGAAAUCGAAACACUUACAAUGCGUCCAGUUGCCACAGUUACGUUGUUUAAAAUCGCAGUUUUAAUGUUUGUACGAUUAAAAUUCACAGCGGUUUGUUAGAUUUCACCACAAAACUAUAUUACGCAGGUUUUAUGGCACUGACUAUUUAAACUCAGUUUUAAUAUUACUGUUACUUAACUUAGAAGUGAGGGUUUGAUUUUCACAAGUGAUUAAUACGUUGAGUUCGUCUGUAUUUGCACGGAUGCUUUUCAUCACUGCUACGGUUUUGUCUUUAGAUAGAUUUUAGUAUAGUUUCGUUUGACGCAAUAUAUUACGUGUGGGAAAAAAACAACAACUACGAGUUCACCUCACCCCGUCUCCUUGAAACACAUCAGUCUUUUGUAUCGGUCUGUAAAUACAUGUGUGCUGGGCAUCGUGACAUAUCAGGACUAUACCUCCGCACGCGUGUGUGUGUGUGUGUGCGCGUUUAUCACCUUAACAACAAUGUCUUUUAAGUAAGUAGUGAUGCUGUCAGAUUAUAUGUGAUGAUGAUGCUGUUUUCACGUCCGUUUUGUGUCUCGCGCUUAAUUCCUGCAUUUUUUUUAUUGCUAUUUUUUCCUUUUUCCUUUGUUUGUGCUAUGGGGAACUGCUGCCUUGCCUGGCCAAAGUAGAUCUACACUUUUUAUUCUUUUCAUUUUUAUUUAAACCCAUCCAAGAGUUCCUUUUACUGUACAUGGUCGACCUCUUCAGCUCCAUGAAAACGAAAGGGAUUGAGAUGAGGAGUCACUUGCUGGUAGAUUUAGCGAAAUAAAUAUCCAACCCCUGAAAGCUCGGUCUGAAUCCUGGGCCAGACGGCGGACGUAUGAGUCUUCUGGCCCACCCGUCCAAUGACAGGAGAAAUCAAACACGCAGUUUAAAUAAACCGGCAAAUAUGCAUGUCUACUUUUCUUGAUGAAUCUUUUUUUUUUUCCACUGUCUGUGUUUACUUAAUAAAAAAGGGAAAAAAAAUCUCAUAGUAUUUGCAUCUCGACAUGAAAAUCACUCCAUUGGGAAUUAUAAGUGAUGUACCAUAUUAAAAAUGAAAAAAAAAAAUGUAGAAAAUAGUGAAAAAAUAUAUAAAACAAAAGCCUCUGCUUGGUAUGCUCCCCUCAUUCUAAGUAAAUCUAUUGCAUUGUAAUGGUAUACUAUUGGGCUUCGUAUAUACUCGGAGUUUAAACAUGGAUGCUGGAUUUUUGCAUGAUCAUACAUUUAAUAAAACCAUGAAAUGACAACUAUCAAGUGUUUGUCUGAAUGUUAGUAGGUCUUCAUCAUAGCUUUGUUAUUAUUGAAACUUGAUCUGGAAAGUAUUUAAUAAAAAGAGCAUUUCUGCAGCUGA